GAAGUUUCUGUCAGCAUACCAGUUGGAAUCAGAGUAAGGGCGGGACAUAUGGGCGGGGACUAUGUUUAGUGGGCCGGGGGACAGUCCACAGCCCCCCGGGAGACGGAAGCCGCCCUCAGUAAUCAGACAUUGGUGUAGGGAUUUUUUUUUUUUUUUUUUUUUUUGUCGUCCUGAAUGGUUCCACCUCAUAACACCCCCCUCCCCUUCCAGGGGUGGUCGUCAGUGAGGGUAGGCGUGGCGCCGUUUCCAUGCAGUGACGUCAGUGGGAGCUGUUCAAAGUGCUAUGGUGCUGAAGAGCGCUCUGCGCGCCGCUCAGUCUCUCUCAGCCGUUCGCUAGCUCGGUCGCUCCACUCCGGUGGGGCUGGAUUUCACCGCGCUAAACCCUUUAAAGGCUGGGCUUGGGGGACAAGAGAACCCCCCCAUGAAGACGGACUCCCGGCAGAUGCUGAGGAAAUGCUGAUGCUCGGUGGAAACCCCCCCAGAGGUGGUUGAGGUCUCUGCAAUCAGAAGAAUGGCUCUCAUCACAGAGACUCAGGACUUCCAGAUGGGGAACCUCAGCCCCCGGAAGAGAGUGUAGUUUGUAAGAAAGGGCAGAGACUGAGAAAAGCCCCAGGGUGCUGAUAAUCACCCAAACCAUGUAGUGCUUCUUUCUCAGAGGAGGGGGGAGAGUCCGUGUUCCAGUCUGUCAAGCAGGUCUGUGCUUGCCGUUUUGGAGGGUGUAUGAGGGUUUGGGGGUGUAGGGUGAGCUGAAAGACCACUGCAGAAAGAGAGGAGAGUUAAGAGGUAGACAUGGUCCUUUACAGCACCCCCUACUCCAGCACCUGCCUCCACUUCCUGGACGGUCUGUCCUGGAGCCUGGUGUUUCCCUGCUACUGGCUACUGGACCGCCUGCUGGCGUCCUGUGUGCCCACCUCCCUGGAGAAACGGCAGCGCUCCCAGGACCCCUGCUCCUUCCUCACCCUUUGUGUCUUGAUCUCUGUGCCCCUUUACCUGCUGCUGUUCUUCGCCUCCCUGCCCUUCGCCCUGCUGGGCUUCAUCAUCUGGGCCCCCCUGCAGGCGGUCCGCCAACCAUACCUGUACACCUACCGCAGACCAGACAAGUCUGAGCAAUGCCAGGCUGGACCAGGGGGGGCAGGGACUGGAGAAUGGAGACCCCAGGGCAGAAGCUUCUGUUUCUGCAGUGCCAAUGUGUGCCUCCUACCUGACUCCCUGGCUAGAUUCAACAACCUGUCAAACACCCACAAGAGAGCCCUGGAGAUGGGGAAGAGGAUCCGUAACGGUGCCAGUCGACCCCAGAUCAAAAUCUACAUCGAUUCACCAACCAACACUUCCAUCAGUGCCGCAUCCUUCAGCAGUCUUGCCACAGGUUUUCGGCGUACCUCGUCCCUGGACCAGCGUCCAGACCAAACACAUACCACCAAUGGCCCAGCUGAAACUGAAGUAGAAACCAUGACAGAGUGUCCGAUACACCCCCCAGGAGUCACAGAAUGUCCUGUUCAUCCGUCCUCAGGAGUUCAGGGUUCUGGUGAAUGCCCUGUUCACCAAGAUGACACCACAGCAGACUGCCUCCUCCACUCAACUAACAACAGCUCAGACUGUCCCAUUCACACCUCAGGUGAGGCUGCAGACUGCCCCAUGCACUCUCCCGGGGGUCAGAGUGUUCCUGCGCAACCGGACUGCCACAUGCGUGAGGAAGGGAGGCAGCACAGAGCCUCCAUAGACUGCCCUCUUCACACAUCAGGGGUUCAGAUCAGCAUCAGUGCUCCAGAGCCAGACCCCCAGGAGGAGGACACAGUGGAGACCAGGAAUCACCGCGAAGUGGGCGGGGACACAGGCAGCAUGACUGCCUCUAGGGAGUCCCUGGCUCGUUAUCACGCUUGUGAUGGGGGCAUUGGGAUAUCCUCCAAUAAUACACUCUCUCAUGUCCCGCGAACGUCAAUCUUCAAGCGCCCAGGACGAAAACGUCGCCAUGGAGAUGAGACAUUCGAUCACGAGAUCUCUGCAUUCUUUCCCGCCAACCUGGAUUUCAUGGCACUCCAGGAAGUCUUUGAUCAUGGAGCAACAUCCAAAUUGCGUCGGCAGUUGCACAGAUACUUCCCCUAUGUGCUAAGUGAUGUGGGGAGGUAUGGCUGGAAGGGCUGUUGCUCCAGGUUCAAGUUCUUGAACAGUGGCCUUUUGCUGGCCAGUCGCUACCCCAUCCUUGAUGCCCGAUUUGAGUGCUACCCCAAUGGAAGGGGAGAAGAUGCCCUGGCCGCCAAAGGGGCGCUGUUUGCUAAGGUCCACGUGGGCACUUCUCAUCAGGAGCAGAGGGUUGUGGGAUUCAUCACGUGCACACAUCUCCACGCAAUAGAAGGCGAUGCUGCGGUCCGCUGCGAGCAGCUGGACCUCCUGCUGCAGUGGGGGGCCGAGUUUCGCCAGUCCUCCUGUCAAUCACCUGAGGGGGAGAAGGUUCUGGAAGACCUGGUGGCCUUUGAUGUCAUCUUGGGAGACCUGAACUUUGACAACUGCUCUUCAGAGGACAAGCUGGAGCAGCAGCACGCUCUCUUCACGCAGUACAAGGACCCAUGCCGCCUCGGGCCAGGAGAGGACAAACCCUGGGCUCUGGGUACUCUGCUGGACCCCAGCGGCCUUUAUGACGAAGACGUCACCUCAGCUGAAAGUUUACAAAAAGUGAUGGAGAACGAAGACGGCAGGAAGGAGUAUCUGGUGUUUCCUCCCAGUAAGAACCAGUGUCCUGGCAGCAGUCAGAAGGGCAGGAAGAUACCGCUGAAGGGAAACGGGCGCAGGAUCGACUACAUCCUGUACAGCGACGAGGGCCUUCAGCCAGACUGGAAGCUGGACAUCGAGGAGUUCAGCUUUGUCACCCAGCUGGCCGGCCUCACCGACCAUCUGUCUGUGGCCACGCGGCUGGCCGUUUCUACGGGGGAGGAGGAGCCUUAGACUGAACCCUUCCUCCUGAACACUGCCAUGGUGGACACACGGAGUGAGGGGCAGACAGAGCUGGUAGAUCAGAGCAGGGAAGGAGAAAGAGACAUCCUGCCACACAAACACCAAAUCCAGCAGCAGAAGAAGCCCGGGGCUGCCCUGCCCCUCACUUCGGCCCCCCCCAUCCAGAGGCUUCUUUUAGUGUGUUAUGUAGCCAAUGCUCUUCUUAUAUGAUCUGUUUUAGUUGUAGUGUUUUCAUGAUUUUUUAAGGAUCCUUUUCAGGGACAGGUUGUUGUCUUCACACCGACCAUCUUUGUCUCCUGCUCCAUUCAGGAAGGCUGUUGGUCGCACCCCUAACCCCCCCCCCCCCACACACACACACCCACACACACACACACACACACACUCAGUCCCAGGAACCUCAAAAAGUGUCUUUCUUUCUACAAAAAAAACCUUUCUUAGAGGAGGAAAAGAAAACUGUUUCUAUUCAAGCCACGCCUCUUUUUAUCGAGAUCUAAAGGUCAGUUUGAAGCUGAAUGUUUGUUAUUCACAGCUGCACGAUCUGUCAGCCAUUACUGAUUUUCAAAAGUAGAGAAGAUGCAUGAUGGGAAAUGGUGUAGGUUUGAAGCACUAAAACUGGCGAGGUUAUUAGCAUGAGCGCCCCCUACCUUCAUGAACAACAGCAUGCACAGAGACACUGCAGCACAAAAUGAUCAUUCAACAGCUGUGAGGGAGCCAGCCUGGGGGGCAUGAAGCUCAGGUUCUGGUUUAGGGACAUGUGGAGGUGCCAAAGUGGGACAGAAUCCGAGGAGCAGCACUUUAGCACCAGGGAAUUAAGGAGAGAACUCCCACAAACACAGCAAAUGAGUCCCACCGUGGCUUUAGGGUUCAAAUACACAAAAAGUCAAAUAACUGCCCUCUUUGAGGGCAGAUCAGAGAGACAAGCCACUUCAGUUUUACCUUCAGAGAAGAUAACCAGCCAAACAAACACUGGACGCCUGGAUCUGGAAGACAUCUGGACAUGCUGCAUUCGCCUUGUUUCUGUGGAUAAAAUCCACAGCAAGAGAAGGGACCGUUAGGCUCUUAGACUCUGUACUUCUGCGAAGACCAAGUUCCAGAUGGAUGUUUAGCCCGAAACUAAAUGAUGGGAUGACUGAAGGGAAUGUCUGACUGAAGCUGCAGAAGGAGUUUUCUCAUCCAGGCUGAUCUGAUGAACCAUCCAAGCAUUUCUUUACUUUUCUUUAAUUUUCUAGUAUUUUCUUCCAAAAACACGUAUGUCUUGCUUUGAAUCAAGUUAUAAGUCUCAUGGGGCAUGGUUUCAGGAUUCCUGACUUCUGUGAACGCAUCAUAAAAAAACACAUAGAAUGAACAGACACAAGUGUUUUACUUUUAUCUUUUUUUCAUCAUCAGCUGGUUAUUUAAUAUUUUUAGAAAUUAGAUUUUCAUGUUUUUGGUUCAUAAAGCCUUCAAAGAACUAAAACGGGUCUGUUUGACCCAUCAAGCUUCACAGCUUUAGGGUCAGGGAUGAAAAAAGAGAACAUCUUUGAGGGAUUUUCUUCAAUCUUGAGGGGUGCAUCCCCUUGCUAGCAUUACUUUCCAGAAGUUAGACAGGGACUCUAAGCUGAGGGGAAAGUUCUGGGAAACUCUUGGAGGUCCGUGUUCCAGUGAGACUCAACCAUGGUGGAGAAACCACUCCACUUGAAACAAACACUAACAAUGAUGGAUACAUGCCAAGAACAAGUUCACCUGUGUCUCUGUCACUCAUGUAUUAUAUAUUCUGCUUAUGAAUACGUUUUAUAUCUUUG